GGUAUUGGCAGAAAAGCCACCUCUCCAUCUCUGAUGGUGGGGCGUCCUUAAGAGGGAAUCGCUGAAGCGUGAGCCGUCUCCUCUACCCCCCUGAGCUGCUUUCUUAAAGAAAAAGAGUGCUGAGGCUACACUCCGUAAGAACCAGGGAAUCUCAGAAGGGACCUCGAUUUCUGAGGCCUGUUUUGGUCUCCAGCAGUCCUUUUCUUCUUCAUCCUCCUCCUCACUGUCAUCAUAAUGAGUCAAGGCUGAGACCAUCCUAAGAGAGCAAGAGGCAGGGCCAGUCGAAGGAAGUACCUGCAGGAGAACUUGGGAGCUGUGACUGCGCCUCCUCCUUCCUCCUCCCGUUGCCGGAGUGAGUGAGGGAAAGAAGCAAGCGAGAGAGAGAGAGAGAGACUGAUUCUGAGCCUGACAGCCAAGGAUGUGUCAGUCAAGCGCCUUGCAGGGACCAGAGCUGCACUCAGGGAAAUGGUUGCAAUUUCCCCAGCUGGCCCUGAGGCGAAGGUUGGGCCAGCUGAGCUGUAUGUCUAGGCCUGCUCUGAAACUCCGUUCUUGGCCUCUGACUAUUCUCUAUUAUCUCCUGCCUUUCGGUGCUCUUAAACCCUUGACCAGAGUGAGAUGGAGACCUGUGAGCAGGGUUUCUUUGUACAAGUCAGUGCCAACACGCCUGCUCUCCCGUGCGUGGGGCCGCCUGAACAACGUGGAGCUGCCUACCUGGCUGCGAAAGCCUGUCCUCAGCCUCUACAUCUGGACCUUUGGGGUGAACAUGAAGGAGGCAGCCGUGGAAGACCUCCAUCAUUACAGGAACCUGAGUGAAUUUUUCCGACGGAAGCUGAAGCCUCAGGCCCGGCCUGUCUGCGACCUCCACAGUGUGAUCAGUCCUUCAGAUGGAAAGAUCCUCAGUUUUGGACAAGUAAAGAACUGUGAAGUGGAACAAGUAAAAGGCAUUACUUACUCUCUUGAGUCCUUCCUGGGUCCACCUGCCAAUCAUGAAAACCACCAAAAAAAUCCAACUUCCUGCUGCGACUCCUUCCAAAGGCAGCUGGUCACAAAAGACACCAACGAGCUCUUCCACUGUGUGAUUUACCUAGCCCCUGGAGACUACCACUGCUUCCACUCACCCACAGAUUGGAAGGUCUCUCACCGGCGUCACUUCCCAGGUGCCCUGAUGUCCGUGAACCCCGGUGUGGCUCGUUGGAUCAAAGAACUCUUCUGCCAUAAUGAACGGGUCGUCCUGUCAGGCUACUGGAAACAUGGCUUUUUUUCCUUGACAGCAGUAGGAGCUCAGAAUGUAGGAUCCAUCCGCAUUUACUUUGAUCAGAAGCUGCAGACCAACAGCCCUCAGUACAGCAAAGGGUCUUACAACGAUUUCAGCUUUGCAACCAGCAAGAACCACGAAGGCAUUCCUAUGAGGAAAGGAGAGCAUUUAGGAGAAUUUAAUUUAGGCUCAACAAUCGUUCUGAUCUUUGAGGCACCUAAAGACUUUAAUUUUUACUUGAAGCCUGGCCAGAAAAUCCGCUUUGGGGAGGCUUUAGGCUCCAUCUAAGGCCCCUGUGGUCAGAUGGGGAGGGGCUUUUCUAUGGACAGGGACUCCGGUCAUACAAGGAAGCCUUUCUCUAUGGCGGAGUAUUGCUCAGCAGGACCUGAGUGAAGAGAACCGAGUCCUUGGUCUUCAUGUGGGGGUGCCUGGGUCUUCCCCUCGUGAGAGUUGCAGGUUUAUCACGGAUUGUGGCCUUUAAGAACGUUGACCAGGUGGCUUUUCUUCCCUUCGGGCCUGGGGUGGCGGCAGUGUCUUCCUCCUGCUCAGAACGCAGCCUGCCUUUGCACAGCUGCUCAAAAUCUGCAUUGGAUGUGCAGUCAAGAGGAGGAAGGAAAGCGGCAGAAAGCUCUCUUCUUUAAAGGGAUAGGAUCCGAUUUACAGAAGCCUCAUUAGCCCUCAAAUUCAAGUUAUCUACUUCACACCAAUUUUGCAGUCCAAUCCUAGAGGAAGGUGGGGGUAGACAGAAAAAACGGACAUCCUUGCAGCUUGAGAUCUGAAACCUGCUAAAAAUCUAGUUCUCUCCCUUUAAAGCAGAGGUUUGCGCUGCACUUGAGCCUCAAACAGUGUCCAGACUCAGCAUCUGACUCGUCUUGCCUUUGAUUUGAGGAGCCCAGUUGACCCACACCUCUAGCUUACGCCAACUUCAGACACUGUCUUGCUGUGCUGGGCCUUUUCCUGUGUUGCCUGGGAGAUCUCAGAUCUCCUUGUUUGUUAAACCGGGCUCGUGCAAAUGCACACUAGUCCCACUACGAGGGCCUAGCGUUGGCUUCUCUUCCCCGUGUGCAGCUACUUUAGUCGCCAUGUCCUGGGACGUGGCAAGGUGGACUCCGCCCAGGACUACUUAAAAACACCAUUAGGAACUUUGAAUAAUUCUCAUUUCUUCUCCUAUGUAUUAACUUUUUAAUUCUCUGCUGGAGCUAUUCGAGGAUGAGGCUGAGGAGGAAUCUGAAUUAAUCACAAUACAUUCUGUGUUACCCUGAAAUAUCAUUUUCUAUGCAUCAGACUUUGGGUUAUGCCACACCUCCAAAAGCUGUCCUUUUUUUAUGGCCAGCAGUUUUAGGAGACAACCAUGCCAUGGCUAAGUGAAGAGCAAGACGUGAUUAGAUGCACGUACUGUUUGAGGCUGCAUACCUAUGACAAUGGCCUUUUUCUGUGGCUGUGAGGAAUGAAAGGCAGAGAAUUGUCCUUUGUGCUGGCUGGUCUCCCUCCCUCCCCACAAUGCAGAAAUGAAUUCCUUAACCAGAAAACAGCUCUUUAAUCCUACACCAUCAUCAUGGGGUCUGCUGCCAUUGGGCCCAAGGGAGACAUUAUGAAAUGUAUGAUAGACAGCAGUGCCUUGCUCCAUCAGUGCAGAGGAAUUACUUGCUUCCUCUUUGCUUGCAUUGCAGUACAACUCUGAGCCUUUAGUUUUCUUGUUACUCUAAUUGUCCUGCUGUACAGGAGCCCCUAGUAGUUGGUCUCUGUAGGAAGGUUGUUCUGGGCCAGGUCCUGCGAAGCUCCUUGUGGGCUUAGGGGGUCACCCAAACCCUAAACAAAUGGGAGUGGGUUUCUUGGUGACGCUGUGAAUUUCUCCAACAUGGAGAAUCCUUUUAUUUUUCAACUGUAUCAGUAGCACAGUAUUUUUGUAUGUCAAAAUGUACAACUUAAGACAUUAACUCAUUAAUGGCAAAUGUUUUAAAAUAAAAAUAAGGACUGUG